AUGACACAAUGUACCAAGUUCAAACUACCACAGUCGACGCGCAUGGUACACCUCGUGCUGCCGCACUUCUGCAUCGGCCUGGGCAUCGGCAUCGUGGACGCGUCGCUGAUGCCGCUGCUGGCGCGGCUGGUGGAGCGGGGUGGCCUGCAGGCCAGCUACGGCACCGUCUACGCCCUCUCCCAGACGGCCGUCUGCCUGGCCUACUCUGUCGGUCCGUUCCUGGGCGGCUACCUGGCCUCUAGCAUCGGCUUCAGUUGGCUGCUGGCGAUCCUCGGCACGCUGAACCUGCUGUUUACGCCUUGUCUGGUGCUGCUGCGGGAACCACCGGUGCCGCCUGCCGACCCGCCGUGUGACGGGCAGCCUGGGCAGCUGGGUGAAGUGCGCCGGCGUGCCCCGCCCCUCCACGCCCUCUCCGGACCCAGCUUCAGCUACACCCAGCUCUCGGAGGGCUGACCAGCGAGGGGCCCGGCUCUGGCAGGGUUGACCAGCGAAGGACCCAGCUUUAAGAGGGCUGAACAGCGAGGGACCCAGCUCUCAGAAGGGGCCU